AUGACAUGGAACGGCUUACAAGGAUUCCAAACACCAAUCCAGAACGACUCUUUCCUCAUAGAUGGCAUGGGUGCCUUGGGCACGGCCCACACCGAAAGGGGGCUGACUUUCUUGGAAGUCGAACUCAGUGGGCAUAUGAUACCGCAAUUCUCUCCGAAGGCCGCUUUCCAAAGCAUGCAGUAUCUCUUGGGCUUCAGGGAUACUCCUUGA